AUGAUCGCGUUACGGACCAUAGUCGGUGCUUGCAAUAAAUACGUCAAGGCGCUGAAAAAAAGAUUGGCUGGAAAACGGGACGACCGUCGACGUUGGCGGAGGCAGGUCCACGCGACCACCGGUACGACACCGGUUGACGAGCUGCUGCAGUGUAACAAUUACUACGACAACGAGGCUGUCGAUAAUAUGAUCAACGAAUUUAUCGACAACAGGCAGAAAACAACUGUCGGCCGCCAGACAUGA